UGGACAGGUGUAAGCAUCCCCAUUGCACGAUCUACAUCCCCAUAUCACACGCGAGCAGCUUCCGAGUUUGUGCAUAAGGUCAAUGGCUGAUCAUUUGCGGAAUAGGUGACGCUACUUGUCUUCCUGGUGAUGAGCCAGAUGCCUUUGUACGGCAUUGUGUCAUCGGACUCCUCGGACCCGAUGUACUGGCUCCGUAUGAUGCUGGCCAGUAACAGAGGGACGCUGAUGGAGCUGGGAAUCACACCUAUCAUCUCGUCCGGCAUGGUGUUCCAGCUUCUUGCCGGUACCCACAUGCUCGACAUUGACAUGAACCUGAAGACCGAUCGCGAACUCUACCAGACCGCCCAGAAGCUCCUCGCGCUGAUCAUUUCCGUUGGCCAAGCCAUCGUGUACGUCGUUAGCGGUCUCUAUGGCCCCCCCUCUGAACUUGGCCUGGGUGUCUGCAUCCUCCUGGUCGUGCAGCUCGUCAUUGCCGGAUUGGUUAUUAUCCUCCUCGACGAACUCCUCCAGAAGGGCUACGGAUUCGGCAGCGGUAUUUCGCUCUUCAUCGCGACCAAUGUCUGCGAGUCGAUCGUCUGGAAGGCGUUCUCGCCCACGACGAUCAACACUGGCCGUGGACCGGAAUUCGAAGGCGCCGUGCUUGCUCUCGUUCAUCUGCUCAUCACCUGGCCCAACAAGAGCCUCGCACUGCGCGAAGCGUUCUUCCGCCAGAACCUUCCCAACAUCAUGAACUUGAUGGCCACCGUCGUCAUCUUCGCGGCCGUGAUCUACCUCCAAGGAUUCCGCGUUGAGAUUCCGGUCAAGUCAUCCCGUCAACGCGGCAUGCGCGGAUCGUAUCCCGUGCGAUUGUUCUACACCUCCAACAUGCCCAUCAUGCUGCAAUCCGCAUUGACCUCCAAUGUCUUCAUCAUCUCGCAGAUGCUCUACUCCCGCUUCACUGACAACCUCCUCGUUCGUCUCCUCGGCGUGUGGGAGCCGCUCCAAGACGGCUCCUCGCAGCUCCACGCGGCGUCCGGGAUCGCGUACUACAUGUCUCCGCCGCUCUCCUUCUCCCAGGCUCUUCUCGACCCGAUCCACACCGCGGUAUACCUCGUGUACAUGAUCGUCGCCUGCGCCAUCUUCUCCAAGACGUGGAUCGAGGUUUCCGGAUCCAGCCCCCGCGAUGUCGCCAAGCAGCUUAAGGAACAGGGACUCGUGAUGGCCGGGCACCGGGAGCAGAGCAUGUACAAGGAGCUCAAGCGGGUGAUCCCGACAGCUGCUGCGUUCGGUGGCGCGUGUAUCGGCGUUCUCUCCGUUACUAGCGAUAUGUUGGGAGCGUUGGGAAGCGGAACGAGCAUUCUGUUGGCCGUGACGUAAGUUUUGUCCUAUCUCAUGCUUUCAUGAGAUAUCGUGUCGCUGUAUAAUGCUAACCUUCCAAACAGUAUGAUCUACAGCUACUUCGAGAUCGCCGCGAAGGAGGGCGACAUCGCCGGCCUCAAGGGCA